AUGCCCUACACUGCGCCGUUGAAGACGUCGCCUUCCGCGCAGCACAUUGAACACUCUCCACUCACCUCCAAUUCCUGUCCCAACUCGCCCACCGUGGUCUCCUCACACCCUCCCCGUCCACACCUACCUCGCUCCUACUCCUCGACGUCUUAUGUACGGAGGCAUCGGAGGAGCCCUUCCAAUAGCAAAGCCUUUGUCUUCCCUGAGCCAGAUCACUCGUCAAAGCCAGACCAUGUCAGCUACUCCCAGUCGAGUAUUCGAAAGUCUCCUCCUCCCCUGAGUGACGCGGUCAUUCCUCCAGGGGCCCUGAUUUCUCCUCCUGAUUCUGCUCCUAACUCCAGUGAUGAAGAGACAUCAUAUCGACCGCAGGGCGAGCUGCAACUGGAGAAAUUAGAGGCAGCCGUGAGGUCGAUUGAGCAAAGAAGGAUGUCCUCACCAGAGAGACCGGUUGAUGAAGAUACGUCGUCUUCAAGCAUGGCUGCUUCUACUGCCGACUCCGUGAAACAUAUGCGGCCGCCUCUUUCUCGAGAAGCUCGCAAGAUCUCUCAUUCACGUUCGGCGACCGAGUCUUUAGUUGACCACAAGCAAGAUGAAGUCUUGACUACCUCCCCGGAAGAAAGUGAUCGGGAUGACGAACCUCGUGUGAAGCACCCAAUGGUACGCAAGAAGUCAGGAGAGCUCGUUCGGCCCGCUCUUCGUCCAGCUUCGGCUCGACGGCGUCCGUCUAGUAUGCCAGGAACGCCGACAUUUUCCAAGGCUGUGCACUUCGAUGCUCAAUUGGAACACAUCCGGCACUUUCUGCAGCUGGACAAACCCCAAGCUGUCAGUGCUGACACAUCUCCUGUCGACGACUAUGAUGCUGCUGGGGAGUUUCCUUUCCGUCACACACCUCAUGACAGCACUUCGGAAUGGGAGAUCACGCUCGACAACUUCCCUACUGAUGUCUCCUCCCGCGCCCAUCAGCGUGUCCGCCUGGAACGUCUAUAUCUCUCUCCUGACAAGCAUACCCUGAUCGGUGUUGUGGCUGUUGCUAACUUGGCCUUUCACAAACAUGUUGCGGCUCGUUUCACCCUGGAUCAUUGGAAAACGGUAUCAGAAGUAACCGCAGAGUACAACAACCAAUCCCGACGGGAGCAUGCCCACGAUGCUUAUGACAGGUUCUCAUUUAAUAUCAAGCUGAAUGAUCAGACAAACCUUGAAAAGAAGACGAUGUUUGUGUGCAUACGCUACAAUGUCGAAGGCCAAGAGUAUUGGGACAACAACCACCACAAGAACUUUCAAGUCAAUUUCAUGAAGAUCACCAAACCAAAGGUCGGGCAGACGAACCCCCAGCCAACGAAGCCUCGCACCGCGUUGCCUCGCAGCAGGAGCUUUGUGGUGUCCACCACUCGUCCCAAUUCGAUGCCUCCGUCGUUUGACAACUUUUCCGAGAUGGAUAAGUAUAUAUCUUUCGGCAACUCAGCCAAGCCCGCCAAGGAAACUCAAUUGUGUGAUGAUGAGCCGCAUGAUGUCGAGGUUGCUGCUCCCAUUCGUCGUGAUAAGCAGAAUCAUCAGGUUUUUGGCAACCGCUAUGACUUUGAGGCAUCAUUGACGGCGGCUAUGAAGACCAAACCGACGCAUGACCGAACAACCUUGGCUGCCCGCGCCAAAUCCAACCCCUCGCCGCAUGGUCAUCAUCAGCACACUUCAGAGAAGCGGAUGAGUUCUCGUGAUAACAUCUCCAGCCAUGCAAACGGCAAUGGCCAUCAAACAAGUUCUGUGUCCAGUCACAAACCCUCCACCCUAGUAUCGAGCAAACCGCAUCGCGAGUCCUCCGUAUAUAAGGAGCUGGUGGAUAAGUAUUGUUUCUUCGGCUCGCCUAACUUCUCGACGGACGGGAACGAGUCCACGGCCGUCAAGGACUUUGCAAGCCGAACAAGCUCCAGCAGCAGUUCCAGCGCAGGUUCUCCAUGCUCGUCACCCCACAUCGAGGCGGCAUAUGGUGCCGAUUCACGAACUUCCUCCCCUAGUCACAUCGGAUUCCCCUACAUUCAGAACAAUUUCCUCAAAGAAACCAACACCCCAGCAAUUAUCCAAGGAUGA